AUGGUCGCUCCUAAGAAACCCCAGAGUGAAAUUGGGAACAACAGCAACAAGUUGAACAAUAUGCCCUACAACAAGAGAGAAUCGGCCAUGGGUGGUAAGCCCGACGGAAAGGGCCCCAACGGCGCCCGAUCUGGAUUCAGAACCGAUACCGCCAUAUCCAACAAUCGACCAGGCAACGAACGAACCCUUCAGCCAUGGGUCCCCGACUCCGGUGACGGCAUUGACGGUAGUUUGGAGAAGUCCUCCAGCAGCGGAGGAACUUGGGAUCAGUUCGCCGAGAAUGAGCGGCUCUUCGGCCUCAAGACGGACUAUGACGAGAAUAUUUACACCACUACCAUUGACAAAAGCCACCCUCAAUACCGAGAGCGCAUGGCCGCUGCGGAUCGCAAGGCUCGCGAGAUUGAGCGAAGCUUGGCCACCACGGCGCACGUAGCGGAGGAGCGCGUGAUGGACUUUGUCAGCGGCGGCGGCGAUGAUCGUGGUGGUGACGAAGAAGACAAGUAUAGCGGAGUUCGCCGCCAAGACUUCCCGCCCUUGUCCAGCCGCGAGAACAAGUACACCCCUCCCGCGAAACGAGCACCUUCUGCGAAUACAACGGUUGUUGGCGCUCCCAUUGAUCCUGCGAUCAUCUCAUCGCAGUUAAGAGCGCCUCCGAAGAAACAGACCACCGUAAAGCCAGAGGAUGCUAAGCUCCUGAGCCAGCUCGUCAACAAAGGGACUUCUGCCCAGUCUACUGAGGCAAUCAAGGCCGCCGACCCGACUGCUUCCACCAAGUCUUCUCCGAAGCAAGAGCCGACCAAACAGCCCGAGGUCAAGCCGUCAGAGACGAAGCCAGCUACUGCGAAGACCAGCGAUGCCAAGGCCGCUGACAGUUCAGCCGCUGCGUCCCGUCCCUCUGCAGCUACGAGCCGGACCAUCUCCCCUCGGGUCAAAGAGGGCGCGCCAAGCGCGGCUUUGACUGUGGAACGCGACGUUCUUAACUCUUUCAAGACUUUUGCCAGCCAACAGCGGCAAAAUGCUGAGAAGGUUCGGAGCAGUAAGGCAAAGGCCGACAAGGAAGUCAAAUUGACGGAGCUGAAGAAGUUUGCCGACACCUUCAAGCUGUCGACCCCUGUCCCAACCGACCUUAUUUCCAUUAUCGCCAAAGAUCCCGAUAGACAAAAGGAGAUCCAGGCCAAGGCGCUCCAGAAUGCGGAGGAAGUUGCUCGCACAAAGACCACGCCGACUAUCAAGGGUAAGGACACUCCGCCAAAGGAAGGCACAUCAAAGCCUCCUCCAGAUGCUCCGGCAACACAAGCUCCCGCCGAGACAAGGAGCACUGCACGCCCAACGCCUGCGCAACAGACCAUAUCUCCCUCCAACGUCCCGAGCCGCCAUCCCAAUGCGCGCCAGUCUUACGCCAGCCCUCAGUACCAUAACCAAGGUUACAGGAACGACAGAUCCGGUCAACACAUGGCUCAACAGAGCCGUCAGCCUCUGGCCCAGCGCUUGCGCAACGUGGAACAGCAGAAGAUGUCGCAGUCGCCUAACCAGCAUGCUGGUGGCCAAGAUAUGCGCAUGCCGCCAACUGGGCCCGCGAGUAAUAACACUGAAGCAUUCCGGCGCGCCGGCGCUGUCCCAAACCAUAUGGGGGGAAAGUUGAACCCUAACAGUCACGAAUUUAGACCGAAUCCGUUCGCGACGUCGUUCAACCCCAACGGACAUCCCAGUGCCGGAUCAAGCCCUCGCUCCGCUGCUGCAAACAACGCUGGUGCUGCCGCCGGACCCGGGGCUGCUGCUAUUACCGGUGCUGCUGCCGCUGCCGUUGAAGCGACGUCAACCCCUUCCUCCACUGGACAGCUCAUUCGUCGGAAGACGAAAGCCGUCGAUAUCAAAAAGUGUUACAUUCUUGCCCAUGUUAAGACGUUUACGCCCCCUCAAGGUCGGAACUGGGAGGAUAACGAGGGGCUAAGACCCUCUUACGACACUCCGCCGACCUGGAGAGCGCCUUCGGACAACGAGAAGCCCGACUCUACGAUGCUCAUUACCUCCAAGGAGUUCUUGGAGCGCCAGUCGUUCGCCGCGUCGUCGAUCGCCACGCCGAACCACACGCACGUCGUGCCGAGUGCCCACCAGCAUCAGCUUCCAUUCCAUUUGCAGCAGCCUGCCCACGGCAUGGGUCCGCGCCAGUCGCCGCACAUGCCGCCCAUGCCCAUACAGAACCAGCAUGGUCACGUUCCCCACACGCCGUACCAGAACAUGGAUGACCACCGGAUGAUGCAUUCGAAUUCGGCACAGUCGUUCGCCUCUCCUCGGAUGACCCAAGUCCCGAUCACUUACACGCCGGCAAUGAGCUCGACCGGCCAGGUUCCUUACAAUCAGCCGAUGAUGCAGCCGUUUGUCGGACCGGGCACACCUCAGAUGGGUGGUUACCGGAACUUCUCCAACAACCAUCAAUACAUGCCGCAACAGCCUGGUGGUCCAAUGGGAGCGCCGAUGAUGCCCCAGUUCAUGAACCCUCAGGGGAUGGUUCCGGCUCCUGGACAGAUGCCCAUGUAUGCCGGAAGCCACACCCAGUUCAUGUCUCCGAACGGCGCACCGCCUCAGCCCAUCCCCGGGGCCAACGGCUACCCCAGCCCCGGGCGCCCGUCAGCACCUAUGAUGGUUCACCAAGGGUCUCAGCAGGGACAGCCCGUGUACGGCAUGAGCCCCAACGUGCAGUACCAGCAGCCUGCGUUCACCCCGCAGCAACCCGGCGGUCAGGUUGGCAACGUCCGUGGGUACAAUAGCCCUGGACCCCAACACUUCGGAACAAGCCCCUCGCAAAUGCAUCAGUACGGAGCGCAGCAUCGUAGUGGGAGCAACAGCUAUGGAGCCAAACCCUUCAACAACCACGGGCAGCAUCAUGGUCCCCAACAAGUUUCCCCAGUGCCUGCCAGCGGACCUGGUCGUGCUCCUGACGGCACCGAGGAAGCCAAAUGA